UGACAUGAGACAUGUGUAGGCGGCCAUUGAUUUUCUUAAGAUUUCAAGGACGAAAGAAUCGAACCUAACCAUACUCCAAGAUGUCAGCGGCAUUAUCAAACCUGGAAGGAUGACGCUUUUGCUUGGUCCACCAAGCUCCGGCAAAACAACUCUUCUUCUUGCUUUGGCCGGAAGAUUGGAUCCUGCUCUUAAGACGAGCGGGAAAAUCACAUACAAUGGUCACGAGUUGCAAGAAUUCGUGCCGCAGAAGACCUCUGCUUAUAUUAGCCAACAUGACUUGCACAAUGGGGAGAUGACUGUGAGGGAAACGCUUGAGUUUUCUGCACGCUUUCAGGGCGUCGGAACAAGAUAUGAACUCCUGUCAGAACUUAUAAGGCGUGAGAAGGAAAGGACUAUAGUCCCAGAACCCGACAUUGAUCUCUACAUGAAAGCCUCGGCAGUGGAAAAAGUUCAGAGCAGCAUCCUGACGGAUUACACACUCAGGAUUUUGAGCUUGGACGUGUGUGCGGACACUAUAGUUGGCGAUCAGCUGAGAAGAGGAAUCUCAGGAGGACAAAAGAAGCGUGUGACUACAGGAGAGAUGAUUGUUGGCCCGACGAAGACGUUGUUCAUGGACGAGAUUUCGACAGGCCUUGAUAGCUCGACAACGUUCCAGAUUGUAAAAUGCAUGCAGCAGUUUGUUCAUGUGCUCGAGGGAACUCUAUUCAUGUCUCUUCUGCAACCGGCUCCAGAGACGUACAACUUGUUCGACGACGUCCUUUUACUAUCUGAAGGACAGGUGGUCUACCACGGGCCUCGAGAGUACGUCAUAGAGUUCUUUGAAGAAUGCGGGUUCAAAUGUCCCGAACGCAAGGAUACGGCUGAUUUUCUGCAAGAGGUAACAUCCAGGAAGGAUCAGGCACAGUACUGGGCCGAUAAGCAAGUGCCUUACCGCUACAUCACAGUAAAAGAGUUUUCUGAACGUUUUAAGAAAUUUCACGUUGGACAGAAGCUUGCCGAAGAGUUAUCUUGCUCCUUUGACAGGUCGAAGUGCCAUCCAGCUGCGUUAGUUCACGAAAAGUACUCUAUCAGCAAGACAGAGAUGUUCAAAAUAUCCUUCCAAAGGGAGUGGCUACUUAUGAAACGACACUCUUUUGUCCAUAUCGUUAAAACUAUACAGAUAGUUUUUGUGGCUUGUAUCACUUCGACUGUCUUCUUAAGGACGGAACUAAAAGGUGAUACCAUCGAUAAUGCAACUGUUUAUUUGGGGGCCUUGUUUUAUGGACUGCUCGCGGUUAUGUUCAACGGCAUGUCAGAACUACCGAUGACCAUUCUUCGGCUACCUGUCUUCUUUAAACAGAGAGAUUUGCUGUUUUAUCCGGCAUGGGCAGUCAGUUUACCACAAUUCGUGCUCCGGCUGCCUCUGUCACUCGUCGAAGUUUCCGUUUGGACGUGUAUAACGUACUACGUGAUUGGAUAUUCACCAGCAGCGGGAAAGUUUUUUCGACAUGUUUUACUGAUGCUUCUUGUAAACCAGAUGUCCUCAUCGCUUUUCCGGCUUAUUGCCGGUGUCUGCCGAACUAUGGUCGUUGCAAAUACUGGGGGCUCGUUGCUUAUUCUUCUAUUUGUGGUUUUAAGUGGGUUUUUGAUUCCCCGAGAUCAUAUUCCCAACUGGUGGAUUUGGGGAUAUUGGAUGAACCCACUCCCGUAUGCUGAAAAUGCCAUUUCUGUAAACGAGAUGCUUUCUCCUCGCUGGGAUAAGCCUUUCAAUGGAACUUCCACCAUUGGUGCCACUGUUCUAAAAGAGCGUGGUUUCUUUGCGAGAGGAUAUUGGUAUUGGAUUGGUGUUGGAGCUAUGGUUGGUUUUAUGUGUCUCUUCAACGUUUUAUUUACUUUGGCGCUUACGUAUUUAAAUCCUUUGGGUAAGCAUCAGGUUGCACGGUCGCAUGAGACAUUAGCGGAAAUUGAAGCAAGUCAGGAAAUCCAAGAUUCAGGCGUCGCAAAACCGUUAGCAAGUUCACGUUCAUCCUCUCGUUCUCUUUCAAGUUUUGAUGGCAACAGAGUCGCUCUCGAUAUUACUUAUCCUCAAAAUCUUCCAAACGGCAACGACGUGGAUUUGGAAGAUGCCAGAGGCUUAAUGCCGAAACGUGGCAUGAGACUUCCAUUUAAAGCGCUGUCAAUUUCUUUCAGUGAGAUUAGCUAUUCCAUCGAUAUGCCUGUGGAAAUGAAAGAGCAGGGCAUAACCGAUGAUAAGCUGCGUCUUCUAAAGGAUAUAACAGGUUCCUUUCGUCCCGGCGUGUUGACAACUUUGAUGGGCGUAAGUGGUGCUGGAAAGACGACUCUCAUGGACGUUCUAGCCGGACGGAAAACAGGUGGCUACAUAGACGGAGACAUCAAGAUUUCCGGCUUUCCAAAAAAUCAAGAGACCUUUGCCCGUAUUUCUGGAUAUUGUGAGCAGAAUGAUAUUCAUUCUCCUCAGGUCACAGUUCACGAGUCCUUGCUGUUUUCUGCAUGGCUAAGAUUGGCACCGAACAUCAGUUCCGAAGACAAAAUGAGCUUUGUUGAAGAGGUGAUGGAGCUUGUCGAGCUCGACAACUUACGAAAUAGCAUCGUCGGUCUACCUGGUGUCUCUGGUCUUUCAACUGAGCAGAGAAAGCGGCUAACCAUUGCUGUUGAGCUUGUCGCAAAUCCGUCAAUUAUAUUCAUGGACGAGCCAACAUCUGGACUGGACGCAAGGGCUGCUGCUAUUGUGAUGAGAACUGUUCGAAAUACGGUGGAUACAGGCCGAACAGUGGUAUGCACCAUACAUCAGCCCAGCAUAGACAUUUUUGAGGCAUUUGACGAGCUGCUCCUGUUAAAAAGAGGAGGUCAAGUCAUCUACGCCGGUCCGCUUGGGAAAGAUUCCCAAAAAUUGAUCGAGUACUUCGAGGUAAUGCCAAGCCUGGCUAUGGCGCUAAACGUUCUUUUUCCUUUUUUCAUUCAGGCUAUUCCCGGAGUUCCAAAAAUUCCUCACAGGUACAACCCUGCUACUUGGAUGCUGGAAGUAACAUCUCUUCCAUCCGAACAACGCCUAGGAGUUGACUUUGCAGAUAUAUAUAUCAAGUCAGAACUUUAUCAGAGAAACAAAUCUCUCGUCAAGGAGCUGAGCUCGCCCAAACCGGAAGAUGCGGACUUGUAUUUUCCAACGAAGUACACGCAGUCAUUGUUCGGGCAGCUAAAAUCCUGCUUGUGGAAGCAGUACUGGACUUACUGGAGAAGCCCGGAUUACAACUGCGUCCGUUUAAUCUUCACUCUGAUUGCUGCCCUGCUCUAUGGUAGCAUUUUCUGGAAACGUGGAGAGAAAACAGGUGCUCAAGGAGACCUUUUCACAGUGAUGGGAGCAAUGUAUGGCGCCGUUAUUGUCCUCGGAGUACAGAAUUGCUCCACAGUUCAGCCUGUGGUUUCCACGGAGAGAACCGUAUUCUACCGAGAGCGAGCGGCUGGAAUGUACUCCGCACUGCCAUACGCAAUGGCACAGGUUUUGAUCGAAAUCCCUUACCUCGCCGUCCAGAGCUUGAUCUACUGCCCCAUCAUAUAUUCCAUGAUGUCGUUCGAGUGGAGCCCUGCAAAGUUCUUCUGGUACCUCUUCUUUACGUUCUUCACUUUCAUGUACUUCACGUACUACGGGCUCAUGUCCGUGUCCAUGACUCCAAACCAUCAAGUUGCAGCCAUCCUCAGCUCGGCUUUCUACUCGCUUUUCAACCUCUUUGCCGGCUUCCUCAUCCCUUAUCCUAAAAUUCCGAAGUGGUGGACGUGGUACUACUGGAUAUGUCCCGUUGCCUGGACCGUGAACGGCCUCUUCACCUCGCAAUACGGAGACGUGACGAAGGACUUGCUACUACCCGGUGGUGAAGUUAAACCGGUGAAUGUGUUCUUGGAGGAGUACUUCGGCUUCCACUACGAUUUCCUGGGAGUCAUAGCAGGCGUGGUAAUGGGAUUCAGCAUCUUCUUUGCGGCCAUGUUCGCAUUCUGCAUCAAGGUGCUGAAUUUCCAGACCAGGUGAUAACGAUAUUUUCAAACAUAGUUUUAUUCCAUUCUUCGAUCAAAA